GCUCUGUUUCCGGGUCAGCCGGAAGCGGGUUGAGAAAGAUGGCGGCGCGGAGGACUCGUGCGUCGGCCAGGAAAGUUGUGGAAGAGGAGGCUGAGGCCAAGGCCGUUUCCCGGGCGACGGGGUCGUCCUCGGAGGAGGAAGAGGACAGCAGCGAGGAGGCGCCCGAGGAGGUGGCCUUCGUGAGCGCGCGGGAAGCGGCCGAGGAAGAGCGACGCGCGGCGGCAGAGCGCCAUCGCAGAGAAAAGGCUAUCAUAAAAGAAAAGAGAAGACAAAGAGAAGAAUUGUUUAAGGAACAAAAGAAAAGAAAGCUGCUUCCUGCCAGUGUAUUAGAAGAGUUGGCAUCAUCCGCACAGAAAAGUAAAGAGCAGCUGCCCGAUAAAACACAUCAAGAUCAGACUGCUGAAAACAAGUUUGAAAGUGAACAUGACUCUGAAAGUGAAAAUGAGAAAGAAGACACAAAUGAAGACAGUGAAAAGGAAAUACUGCAAACUAGGCUCCAAGAAAGUUACAAGGCAGUGCGAUUAAAAGAUGAGAGUUUAACGAACAGACAACAACAAGCGGCCAAAAACUUUAUACAAAGCCAUCUGUAUGGAGCAGGCUCUAACAGAACUACUGCAAACCAGUAUUUUUCUGUUGAAAACAAGAAAAGUAAAGUUAAAAAAGCUGCCAUCCAGUUUGUGAACAACUCCUGGGGUGAAGUGAAGAAGCAAAAAGCUAAGCAAUUUACAAAACGCUGGGUAUCUUCAAAAAUAAUCCCGAAACCUUAACAGCAUUUUGACCAAUAACUUAUAGAACACCACCAGAGAAGCGAGCAUAUGGAUUUUAGAUAUUGUGCAAAACUUGUUGAAUAGAUCUGUUACAUUUCUGUAACUUUGUACAAAUGUUAUAUUCAAAC